AUGGGCAAGAAGAAACCCCCGGGGCCGAACGUGAAGAAGUUCGGCGCCCCGCUCUACGCCUCCGCGUGGGCGGACCACCGAUGCUUAAUCGUCGCCGGCGGCGGCGGCAAGCGGAGCAGCGGCAUUCCCAACCGCGUCAUGGUCGCGACGUUCGACGGCGCGACGCUCACGGAGCCUCUGCACUGGGCGCACACGGACGAGCAAGCGCCGACCGGUCUCGUGAUGCACCCGACGAAGAAGCACCUGCUGUGCAUCUUCGGCGGCGACGUCAGCGUCUUCGACGUCGAGGCCGCGGGCGCGAGCGGCCCCGGCGGCCCCGGCGGCCCCGGCGGCCCCGGCGGCCCCGGCGUGCGAAUGGGCGGACGACCGGCGGACGGAUCCCUCCCGCCGUCGCCCAUCACACUGACGCCAUCGCGCGUGGACGACUACGGCGCCGCGCUGCGCGUCGCCCUCGCGGACGUCGACAUCAAGUCCGCGGCGUUCACCGCGGGCGGGAACACCCUCGCGCUCGGGCUCGCGGACGGACGCGUCCGCGUCGUCGCGUGGCCGUCGCUCAAGAUGAAAUUCACGACGCUCGACGCGCACGCCGACGCGGUGACCGGCCUCGCCUUCUCCCCGGACGGGCGAUUCAUCCUCACCACGAGCGCGGAGGCGGCGAACGCGCGCGGGGAGGACGGGAACGGGAAGGGCGGCGCGGCGGUGUGGUCCACGCAGAGCGGCGAGCGCGUGCGCGCGUUGCGAUGGACCCGCGCGCCCAACGCGCGACGGUGCGCGUUUCGAUUCGCCGGGUUCGGCCCCGAGGGCACGAACGUCGCGUACACGGGGCUGAACGUCGACGGCGAUGGACACGUGGUGAUCUGGGACACGGACACGUGGACGAUACGGAGCGCGCGGCGGGUGUGCAGGGACCCGAUAAGCGCCAUGGCGUUGUCGCCCGACGGCGCGUCCGUCGCGGUCGGGACCUCGGAAGGGCACCUCCAUCUCGCCUCCGCGGAGACGCUGAGGGUGACAAAGACGGACAAGAGCUCGCACAUGAUAUUCGUCACGACGAUGGCGUUCAACACCGAUGGCACGUGCGUCUUGAGCGGCAGCGCGGACGCGAGCGCGUGCGUCACGAGGGUCGGCCGACGGGGCGGAGUCCUCGGGGGAAUUUGUUUUUAUUUUUUCCUCCUCGCGCUCCUCGGCGCGUGGACGUACGGAUACGUCAAGCACGCGCUCGUGAGGGAGUACACCGCGGUGGCGGCGAAGAACGGCGCGAUCGCGAUGAAGUUUGGCGCGCGUGCGGCGUACGCCGCGGGGAGUAAGGCUGUCGCCGCCGCGAUCGCGGCGAGGGAGGCGGGGUUAGCGAGAGAGGCGAAGAAACGCGCGGAACGCGCCGCCGCCGGCGACGCCGGCGGCGACGACGCCGGCGACGACCUCGACGACCUCGAGCGGGACUAUAAGUAUCGAUACACCCCGGAAGACGGCGGCGCGGCGAUGCCGCCGAAGCCGCCCGAGGGGUUGUCCCCGGGCGACUUCGACGGCGGCGCAGGGGUCGGAGACGGCGACUUUGAGAACGGCCCUGACUUCGACGGCGCGGACGCGGACGCGGAUGAGAAGUCGAAAAGUCUCGAGCUCGACGUCGCGGAGGAGCGGCUUUUGACGGAGACGGACGCGGAGACGGAGACGACGUACGAGCAUCACCACGACUACUACGAGUCCGCCGCGUCGGCGGACGAGGCUGCUUUUGACGCCGACGCCGACGCCGACGCCGACGCGGGGUACGGAGACGCGGACGUGGACGCGGACGACGAGCGCGAAGUCGCGGCGGCGGAGGAGGAGGAGGAGGAGGAAAAGCCGAGAGGGAUGUUCGCGCGGUGGAAGAAGGCGCCGCCGCCGCCGCCGCCGCCGCCGGAGCUGGAGCUGGAGCCGGAGCCCGCGGACGUCGAGCCCGAGGCGGCGACCGAGCCCGAACCCGAACCCGAACCCGAGCCCGAACCCGAGCCCGAACCGGAAACGAACGAAGCCGCGGAAGCCGAGGCGAGAGCGAGAGCGGAAGCGGAAGCGGAAGCGGAAGAGAAGGCCGCCGCCGAAGCCGCGGAGGAGCUGAAAGAACGCGAGCGCGCAGAGGCGCGGCGUCGCGCGGAAGCGCACGCCGCGGAGAUUGAGCGCGCGCGCGCGGACGCCGCCGCCGCCGCCGCCGCCGAGCGCGCCGCCGCGAUCGAAGAAGCCGAGGCCGAGGCGGCGAGUCUCGAAGCCCGUCGCGUCGAAGCCGCGCGAGCCGCGGAGGCGGAGCGGAAGGAGAAGGAGAGACUCGAGCGCGACCUCGAGAUCGAGCGCAUGAAGCAGAAGCAAAAGGAAGACGCGGACAGGAGACGCGCGGAGGCGUCGGCGCAGUACCAACGCGAGCAGGCGGCGCGAUUAAAAGCCAUCGAGGAGCGAAAAGCGCAGAUCGAGAGGAACCGCGCGAGGGCGGAAGCGGAGGCGAACGCGCGCGCGGCCGCGGAGGAGAAGGCUGUCGACGCGGAGGCGGCGAGCGAGGAGACGUCGCGACGCGAGGCGGAGGAGACGCGCGCGAGGGAGGAGGCGGAGGCGGCGGCGGCGGCGAGAGCGCGCGACGCGGCCGAGGCUGAGAAGCGCGCGAGCGAGGCGCGGGAGACGGAGGCCGCGCGACGCGCGAAGGAGGAAGCGGAGGCGAAGGCGGCGUUCAUCGCGACCGCGAGGGCGAAGGCGAAAGAGGAGGCCGCGGAGAAUCUGAGGCGGGCGGAGAGGGAGCUGGAAGCCGCGCGUGCGGCGGCGCGAGAGGCGGAGGCGGAGGCGGCGCGAGAGGCGGAGGCGGCGUCCGAGGCGUCCGAGGCGUCCGCGGCGGCGACGGAGGCGCCCGCGGCGACGGGCGAGGCCGACGGCGGCGGGGGCGAGGCCAGGCCGAAGAAGAUAUCCUUCGCCACGGGCAGGCGGCCGGACGGCGAGCUGUGA